UACUCAACAUCUUCACAACAAACUCAACAGUCUUCUUUCUACCUUCGAGCAAAUACUUCACACAUUUCUCCUCCAUUUCCAGAUAUUUACCCUCAGGAAGAAGCAUGGACGUCACUACCUUUACCCAAGAAUUCGCAACCCCAAUUGCCCCAUCGAGAAUGUUCAAGGCUUUGAUCCUUGAUUCCCACAAUCUCAUCCCCAAGAUUGCCCCCCAGGGCAUCAAGAGCAUUGAGUUCAUCGAAGGAGAUGGUGGAGUUGGAAGCAUCAAGCAGACUAACUUUGCCGACGGUGGUCACUUGAAAUGUUUGAAACAUAAGAUUGAUGCUCUCGACUCGGACAACCUCGUCUGCAAGUACUCCUUGAUCGAAGGUGGCGCGAUCUUCGACAAAAUUGAAUCCGUUGUCUACGAGGUCAAAUUUGAGGCUUCAAGCAAUGGUGGAUGCAUCUGCAAGAUGUCCAGUGAGUACCACACGAAAACCGGUGUGGAGCUUAAGGAAGAGGAUAUCAAACAAGGCAAAGAGAAGGCUAUGGGUUUGUACAAGGUCGUCGAGGAGUACCUCUUGGCCAAUCCCGACGUCUAUGCUUGAUGCGCAUUUUAGACCUUAUGUUUUCUGCCAAAAUUGUGUGAGGAUCUUUCAUUAAUCUUUUCUUUCUUUUGGGCCAUGUUGUAUUGGAUUUGCUUUGGGAGAUCUAAGUCGAUGGGUCUUAAGCUCUUCCCAGAGUUGUCACGUUGAAAUAAAUGGAUUACUUUGAAAGCUUAUCAUAAA